AGGUUAUAAAAAAAUUUUCGUGCUCAACUCAAUUUCAUGCUCAAAUUCGUGCUCAUGCUCAAAAUCGCGCUCAGCUGAGUAUCGUACUCAAGCAGAGGUUAUAAAACGUUUUGAGCACGUACUCAGCUGAGUACAACUCACACUCGGCUUGAGUAUGCUCAAGGUACUCUUUGUUUAUCACACAAGCGGCAAUUUGGAACUCUUCUGUCAAGAAAGGUAAGAAAAACGACCCGGAUGUUGUCGUCUGCUAUAUUUACAAUGGCAACGGAGGGCGUGCCCGAGUUGAAGAAACGUGGGAAAGGAUGGUCGGAGGCGGAGGAGGUUUGCCUCAUACAAGAAGUGCUCCAGCGAGAGAAAACUCUCUUUGGAGACAUGAAAGGGUGUGGAGUAAAGUCCAUCCAUCGACAGCGUACCGAUGGAUGGCAAGAAAUCACAGACACCCUAAACGCUAGACACAUCAAUGCCAAACGAGAGACACUGGAGGUGAAGAAGAAGUAUUUUAAUCUGAAGCAAAGAGCUAAAGCAAAGAUCGAUGGCCUCAAAAGGUCAAUGGCCGUUACUGGAGGAGGGCCUCCACCACCAGCACUAACAAGUGCAGAUGAGGUGCUUUCCCAGUCAUUGGAAGGGAGGCCAGGCAUUCAUGGCCUAGACCAUGGCAUUGACACUGAUGAUGCUUAUGCCUGUGCAGAUGAAACUGACACUGCAGCAGAAGGCCCAGUAGGUGAAGAACCACAAGGUGAAAGGGCAGUGCCUCAACAGGAAAACGAUUCAGAUGUGAUAAAAAAAAGCCGGAAGCAGAGAAGAAAUCAAGCUGAGGCAACAUAUCACAACACAAUAGAGGACACUAAAAGGAUUAAACUUGAACAAAAGAAGCUGCAAAUGGAAAUUGAAAUGUUAGCAAAAAAUCAAAAGAAAUUAGAUUCCGAAAUUCAGUUGCUCCAUGUCAGAUCAAUAUACUAUCAACUUAAGAUGAAUGCCGAAUUUGGAGUGUCAUUGGAAAACUGGAAAACUGAAGAAUAAAUGACAUCAAAUUUUACUCAAGAUUUUGUCUUACAUUUUUAAGCAGAAAUGUUUGAAAUAGGAAAGUAAGAACUAUUUCAUCAAGAAGAUGUAAAUUGUAGUAUUUCAUCAGC